UCGUUCUCUUUUUCUUAUCAGCUGAUUCUACGACGACUUGACAGCUGAUCGGCAUUUUGCCGAUCUUACGAUCGUGGAGCAUAUUUAGGUAUUUUAUUACCCAUUGUUACGUGAUUGUUGUAAUGAAAAACAAUUUGUAUUAUACUCAGCUGUAAAAAAGAACAUUAUUAUUAUCUCUAGUUUUUUGUUAUCAGUGUAAAAAUGACAAGUUGUAUUUUUAAUAACCAAUCAGUGAACAUAUUCCGGAGUUGCAAGAAUGUUUAUAAAAGUUAUUGUACAUACGUUCAGGGUCAAAGUCCUGAACCUCGAGUUAGAGAAUACUUUUAUUACAUUGAUCAUCAAGGAAUGCUUUUUCUCGACGAUACCAAAAUAAAAAAUUUCACAUCCUGUUUCAAAGACAAAAAAUUUUUGGAGUUUUUUUUCAAAAGGCUAAAAAAAAAUGACACCGACAGGUACAAGCGGUUCCCAUAUUUAUCCUUAUGUGGUAGGGAAAGGAAUUUCGUGAAAUGUGACGAUCUGCCAAUUGUUUUUACACAAGUAUUGCGAAAACAAAACGCAGACACUAGUGAAAUAACUUAUUAUUUCAGCUAUAAUCAUGCACAAGAUCUAUUGGCUGUUCCAUUUCAACCCAACAAAAUUUUUAUGAGCCCAAAUGGUCGAGUCUACCACCCAGCUCCUAUAGUAACAGGUGGCAUUGGCCUAGUUAAGUCAAGUCUAGCCAUUGAAUUUAGCUCACAAUUUGAAUUCGGAGAGGGUGAAGAAAGUGGACCCACUAAAUUUCAUUGGCAAGGAAAGGAGUAUAAAAUUGAUAAGCAAUGGUAUACAGACAGAAUACCACAAGAUGAAUUUUAAAUGUUUUUGUGAAACUUUAAAUUACUGUUUUAUACUUUUAUACUGUACAGUUUGAGCAAAAAAAC